CAGCUCAUGCGCAGUCCGGGCCUUUCGUCCCAGCUGUGCGGGCAGGGCUGAGGGUAACAUCCCGGGCUCGGGGGGGACGGUCGGGGUCAUGGCCAGCCGCUGACAGGGCCCGCUGAGCGCAGAAGGGGGCGAGGCCGUUCCGGUGCACUCUUCCCCGGGCCUGAGGCCGUUCGGCUGGCCCUCGGCCUUCCCGCUUGGUGCUGCCGCCGCCGCUGCCGGCUGAGGAGGGGAGAUGAGUUGGUUCAACGCCUCCCAGCUCUCCAGCUUCGCGAAGCAGGCCCUGUCCCAGGCCCAGAAGUCCAUCGACAGGGUCCUGGAUAUCCAGGAAGAGGAGCCGAGCGCCUGGGCCGAGACGAUUCCGUACGGGGAGCCAGGAAUAAGUACUCCUGUCAGUGGAGGAUGGGAUUCUUCAACCUGGGGGUUAAAGUCAAACACUGAACCUCAGAGUCAGCCGGUAGCCUCUCCUAAAGCAAUUACAAAGCCAGUUCGGAGAACUGUGGUGGAUGAAUCUGAAAAUUUCUUCAGUGCCUUUCUCUCUCCAACGGAUGUUCAGACCAUUCAGAAGAGUCCAGUGGUGUCAAAACCACCAGCUAAAUCACAACGACCAGAAGAAGAAGUGAAGAGCACUUUACAGGAAUCCUUGCACACUGGACAGUCAAGAACAUCUGAAAUAACUGAGUCAAAAGUAAAAGACUCUACCCCAUCUGCAUCAGGGGAAACUCCAGCAGUAGAUGCUGUCUUGCCUAAAACUGAGGGCAAGCAUGAAGAAACUGUUAAUAAAGAAUCUGAUAUGAAGGUGUCAACUGUACGUUUGAAAGUGUCUGAAAGUGUAAGCAAUGUGAAAACAACUAGAGAAAACAUAUCUAAUAUGUCUGCAGCGGACACGAAGGACAUGGCUUUGGAACCUAAGGAACAAAAACAUGAGGACAGACAGAGUAACACACCUUCGCCUCCUGUUAGCACCUUCUCGUCGGGUACUUCUACCACCAGUGACAUUGAAGUUUUAGAUCAUGAAAGUGUAAUAAGUGAGAGCUCAGCAAGUUCGAGACAAGAGACUACAGAUUCCAAAUCAAGUCUUCACUUGAUGCAGACAUCUUUUCAGCUUCUCUCGGCAUCUGCCUGUCCCGAAUAUAAUCGUUUAGAUGAUUUCCAAAAACUCACUGAGAGUUGCUGCUCAUCUGAUGCUUUUGAAAGAAUAGACUCGUUUAGUGUACAGUCAUUAGAUAGCCGUAGUGUAAGUGAAAUCAAUUCAGAUGAUGAACUGUCAGGCAAGGGAUAUGCUUUAGUACCUAUUAUAGUUAAUCCUUCAACUCCCAAAACUAAAAUAAACGAAUCUGUUGAAGGAAAAUCGGAAGAAGUGAAUGAAACAUUAAUUGUACCCACAGAGGAAAUGGAAAUGGAGGAAAGUGGACGAAGUGCAACACCUGUUAAUUGUGAACAGCCUGAUAUUUUGGUUUCUGCUACACCAAUAAAUGAAGGACAUACUCUCUUAGACAAGGUGGCUGAGGAGCGUGAAGCUGCUGAAAGUAAGCCGGAAGCGCAUUCUGAAAAGGAAGAUGUUUGCAAGAGAGUUGAAUUUCUGAAUGAGAAACUGGAUAAAAGGGAGGCUCAGUUAUUAUCUCUUAGUAAAGAAAAAGCACUUCUAGAAGAAGCCUAUGAUAAUCUGAAAGAUGAAAUGUUUAGAGUGAAAGAAGAAAGCAGCAGCAUUACUUCCUUGAAAGAUGAAUUUACUCAAAGAAUUGCAGAAGCAGAAAAGAAAGUUCAGCUAGCCUGCAAAGAGAGAGAUGCUGCCAAAAAGGAAAUUAAAAGUAUAAAGGAAGAACUUGCUACUAGAUUAAAUAGUAGUGAGACUUCAGAUCUUUUGAAAGAGAAGGAUGAACAGAUCCGAGGAUUAAUGGAAGAAGGAGAAAAACUUUCAAAACAGCAACUGCAUAAUUCUAACAUUAUUAAGAAAUUAAGAGCUAAAGACAAAGAAAAUGAAAAUAUUAUUGCAAAGCUGAACAAAAAAGUUAAAGACCUAGAAGAAGAUUUGCAACAUUUAAAACAGGUCCUUGAUGGCAAAGAAGAAGUUGAGAAACAACAUAGAGAAAACAUUAAGAAACUAAAUUCUGUGGUGGAACGCCAAGAGAAGGAUCUUGGCCGACUUCAGGUAGACAUGGAUGAACUUGAAGAAAAGAACCGAAGUAUUCAGGCUGCUCUGGAUAGUGCAUACAAAGAACUUACUGAUCUCCACAAAGCCAAUGCUGCAAAGGAUAGUGAAGCCCAGGAAGCUGCUCUAAGUCGUGAAAUGAAAGCUAAAGAAGAACUUUCUACUGCACUAGAGAAGGCCCAAGAAGAAGCCCGUCAGCAGCAAGAAACAUUAGCAAUUCAAGUUGGAGACCUUAGACUGGCCCUGCAACGUGCAGAACAAGCAGCUGCCAGAAAAGAGGAUUAUUUACGCCAUGAGAUCAGUGAACUCCAGCAGAGACUACAGGAAGCAGAGAAUCGAAACCAAGAGCUGAGUCAAAGUGUUUCAUCAACAACAAGACCUUUGCUUCGACAGAUAGAAAAUUUGCAAGCAACUCUGGGGUCCCAGACAUCAUCGUGGGAGAAGUUAGAGAAGAAUCUUUCCGAUAGACUUGGUGAAUCCCAGACUUUGUUAGCAGCAGCAGUUGAAAGAGAACGUGCAGCUGCAGAAGAACUCCUUGCCAACAAAAUUCAGAUGUCCUCCAUGGAGUCACAGAAUUCUCUCUUAAGACAGGAAAACAGUAGAUUUCAGGCCCAGUUAGAAUCAGAGAAAAAUAAGCUAAGAAAACUUGAGGAUGAAAAUAAUAGGUACCAGGUUGAAUUAGAAAAUCUAAAAGAUGAAUACGUAAGAACACUUGAAGAGACAAGGAAAGAAAAGAUACUACUGAAUAGUCAGUUAGAAAUGGAGAAAAUGAAAGCUGAACAGGAAAGGAAGAAAGCUGUUUUCAACCAGGAAGCAAUAAAAGAAAAGGAUCGGAAGCCAUUUUCUGUUUCUAGCACUCCCACCAUGUCACGUUCGAGUUCAAUAAGUGGAGUUGAUAUGGCAGGGCUACAAACAUCUUUUCUGUCUCAGGAUGAGCCUCAUGAUCACUCAUUUGGACCAAUGUCUCUAUCAGCUAAUGGAAACAAUCUUUAUGAUGCUGUGAGAAUGGGAGCAGGAUCCAGCAUUAUUGAAAAUCUGCAGUCUCAGCUAAAACUCAGGGAAGGAGAGAUUACUCAUUUACAGCUAGAAAUUGGCAACCUAGAGAAAACACGCGCAAUAAUGGCUGAAGAGCUAGUUAAAUUAACAAAUCAAAAUGAUGAACUUGAAGAGAAAGUGAAAGAGAUACCCAAACUUCGAACUCAGCUAAGAGAUUUGGAUCAAAGGUACAACACUAUUCUGCAGAUGUAUGGAGAAAAAGCAGAAGAGGCAGAAGAACUUCGAUUAGAUCUUGAAGAUGUAAAAAAUAUGUAUAAGACUCAAAUAGAUGAACUUUUAAGACAAAGGCUCAGUUAACUUCUGAAAAUUACAUUCCUAUCAAACUGAAUGUAAACAUUUAAUAUCUAAAAGUAGACUUCCAAUAAAUUCUUUUAUAGAAUUAGAAAGUGGAAUUUACUGUAGAGUUCAAGAACUGAAAAAAAUUGUUUUCUAAUAUAUAGUAAUAUUUGCAGUU